AGCAAUUGCCGUACCCCCUAUAGGAGCUAUUGAGGUGUGGCCAUUUUAUUUUUUUUUUAGAACCGAACGGCAAAUUUCGGCUGUACAUGAAGAAGUGUGAUUCAGUGUGGUUAUAACGGCGUUUCCUGGUAGAUUUUGUUCAAUUUUUACGAAAGAAGAUGGCAGCUAUACGAAAGAAGCUGGUCAUCGUAGGUGAUGGUGCCUGUGGAAAGACGUGUCUUCUAAUUGUGUUUAGCAAAGACCAGUUCCCAGAAGUCUAUGUACCAACAGUAUUUGAGAACUACGUCGCAGACAUUGAGGUUGACAACAAGUGUGUUGAGCUAGCAUUAUGGGAUACCGCAGGCCAGGAAGACUACGAUCGACUCCGACCCCUGUCAUAUCCCGACACAGAUGUCAUUCUAAUGUGUUUCUCCAUCGAUAACCCCGACAGUUUAGAAAACAUCCCCGAAAAGUGGACGCCAGAGGUCAAACACUUCUGUCCCAACGUACCCGUCAUCCUAGUCGGCAACAAGAAAGAUCUGCGAAACGACGAGGCCACGAGACGAGAGCUGCAGAAGAUGAAACAGGAGCCGGUCAAAUUCGACGAGGGCCGCGCCAUGUCGGAGAAGAUCGGCGCCUUUGGCUACCUGGAGUGCUCGGCCAAGUCCAACGAGGGCGUGAGGGAAGUCUUUGAAACGGCCACGAGGGCGGCCCUCCAAACCAAGAAGAAGAAGAAGGGCAAGUGUAGCGUCUUGUAAAAAACAAAGAAGAAAAAAAGCAGAUCUCCCUAAUAUCAACACAGAAACACUUUCCUGCCCAGGGAAGAGGGUUUUCGUUUUCUAAACUAAAAUAAAUAUUUACUUUGUUUAAUACCAAGUAUGAAGAAAAAGCUGCACUCAGCUGAUGGCUGUUGAAGUAAAACUGAGCCGUGUCUCUUAGAAGAGGCCUCACAUCAGUUCCCGACAGCAAGUUUUUUUAAGUUCAUUGCUCAAAUAAGAGAUACAUACCAGCUGAGUGCAGUUUUUUUUAUGAGAGGGGAGGGAGGGGGGGGGGGGCAAUUCUUAUUCUUCUUUUUUACCUUAUAUUAUGUAGUCACGGUAUGACUACAUAACAAGCACAGUUUCUUGUGUGAUUGGUUAUGCCAGGGUGCUAAGACAAAGCAAACGACGAAAGCUGUGUUUCUGAUCAGUUGCAGUCCGUAGGGCUCAUGGUAAUGUCUUGCUGAUGACUUCCCGCUCGCACUUUGUAUCCGGCACUGUACUAUGGAUGCAAACACAGUGAAAGCUAACAAAAAGGCCCGUGUUCUCUCCUACGGCCACUUUUCAGUACUAUCCUCGGUGCGAAAUGCAAGAUGUCUGUUCAACGUGAUGUUUGCAAAUUCCGUCUGGCUGAUCAGGCUUUUAUUGUUCAAAUAAUUUUCACUGCUUCAAAGACCCUGAAAAUAACACCCACUUUUAAUCUAGUACAAGAUUAUUUAAAUUUCAUAAGACGAAAAGUACAUGUAAUGUAACAAUCAGUGAAAUCAUUUUGUAUAAUUUGGUGCACAAAAAAAUUGUCCUAAGUUGGUGAACGUGUGAGAUGGAUACGCUUAACCUUGUCCACAAAAUUACAUAAAUUUUUUGUACCGUGUGAAUAUUUAAGCCUGGAUAUUACUAUCAAUACAAUUUCACGUAACUCCUGGUGUAAUGUUACAAGUGGUAAGAAAAGUAAGGAGCAAUGUAGUAGAACCAGCUGAUACUAAAGAGUAGAGACACAAUUUGUAUUUACCGUGCUUAAAACUCACUUUGAAUAUUCACUUCCACAUUUCACACCUACAUGUAAGCCCAAUUUCAUAGCGCUGCUUAACAGUAAGCAGAAAAGUUGUGCUUACUAUAGCAGAAAAUCAUGCUGCUGCUUAAGCACUAUUUUGUGCUAACGGUUGCGCGCGCAUAGAGAUUUCUAUUGUUACGUCACUGAUUUAAUCAAAGUUUUCUGCUGGGGUUAAGCGUGCUUUUGCUGUGCUUACUGCUUAACAGUCCCUCGGUAAGCACAAAGUCGGCUGUUAAGCAGCGCUAUGAAAUUGGGCCCAGAUAUACGUACAAAAAAACCCUGGAGUUUCAUUAAGUACAGUAUACAUACAUUGGUCUCAAGGCAAGGUUUUUCCAAGUCUAAAAUUCACUGUUGAAUGCAUUUUGUAAGGUUAUUAUUGACAGAGGCUACCAUUUGCUAGGGUUGGGCGUGAAACGGUACCUGUCAUUGUUACGUGUCUGCCAUUCCUUAGGACGUUGCAUUUUAACAUCAGUAAAAAAAAACUAAGUAGAUUUAGAUUGUGUACAUAGACUAAUAUUAAAAGGCAUCAUGGUUUUGAGGGUGUUGAAGUGGACGCAAAAUGCAGAAGAUGAAAUGAACCUGGUUGUGCUCCGAAUGCAAUAUGCGAUUUUCCAAAUUUGGCUUUUGACUCCGUUCAUAAUAGUCUAUGGCAUUUUGUCACCAUUAUAAGAGCGCUGAUGGGAGAGACCACCGCGUGCGCGCAUGGUAUAGCGCGAAGUACGCACGACUGCGUUUGUUUAUGGUGUAAAUCGAGGACACACACGUGCAACAUCAUCGGUGAAUCGAGGACAGGAACCAAAUCGUGGACGACCUCGAUUAGAAAACGUGUACAAAACCAAUGAGAGCUGUUGCGAAGAAGUUAGUACAAAGGAAAAGGGAAGAGGAACAAAAGACAAUCCUUGAUUUACACCAUAAACAUACGUGCUAGAUAUUGCGCGAGUCUCAGGCGCGACAGGCAAUGCGUUUGAGAGUCUCUCCCAAGUGGUCCUUCCCAACAGUUUGUUUUCAACCGUUGAGGGAGUACUUGUGCGCGGAGUCGGUUGUCAUUCAGCAUUGCGACAGUGUGUCUCACCAUUGUAUUUGUUUUCCAUGAAAUCACGAUGCUUGUGUUAUAAUACUCAGUCAUGCAUAAGCACAAGUUUCAACUGUUUGUGAUGGCGGGAAUAUCGUACCAUGGUUGAGCGACCCUUUGGUUUUGCCCCUGCUUUUGAAGUUGUUCAAACUUAACAAAUUCACAGCAGCCAGGGAACACUCCACCCGUACAUGUACGAAAGCAUGCUGCAUACUUGGUUUUAGUAAGACUCUAAGUAUGCUGUUAUGCAAUGCGAGGUACUGCAUGUUCUUUGUGUGUUAUACUGUGCUCUUAGUUAGCACGUGUACACGUAGUGUAAUGGAACAAUUUUUUUCAUUGUAUAUUUACGGUCAAUAUAAUGGCUUACCACUAUGCUAACUAAAAAAAAAAGAAACUUGACCAACUUAAAAGUUCUGAGGUUUUCUACAUAUCUUUGGAGUCUCUCGUCUAAAAAUGUUAUGUCAGCUUUGAUUUAUGAAUUUUUUUUAAAAAUAUUUCCGUGUAAAGUUUGAGGUCUUAAACCAUAGGCGUACAAGCUACUUUAUUAAUACUUCCCGUUUAAAGUUUGUCUAGGGUUUAUUUCUUUCGUGUGCAAAAGGAUACAGAAGAAUUUAUGAAUUAUAAAAAAUAAAAUCUAGUCCCAUUUCAACAAAAUUAUGCAACCAUACUUUUUCUGUAUGUACGUUGAAAAAAAACUUGCUUGAUUUGUAAGAACGUUAACAAUCAACUUGUAUAUUCCUAUAGAUUAAAAAAAAACAAAUUACAAUAUGCACUCAUUGUCACCAAACAAAUAUUGUGUAAAACUUGUUUUCCGAGUUAACCCUUUUAGAUAGUCUCGUCAGUUAUAAUUUGAAAUAAUGUAAUUCCGCUUUUCUUUUUUCAUUAAAGGCUUUGUGUAUUGUCUAUACUUAAAAAUCGCACUUAAUAUCGGAAUUAUAUAAAAGCCAAAAAAAAAAAAAACAGAGAAAGAGAUUGAAAGUGUUUUGUGUGUUAGUGUAAAAGUACAAGCUGUUCUUAAAUGGAAGCAAAUGAAGUGUGUUCAGAUUUUCAUUUUGUUCACGAGAGAAAAAAAAAAGUGGUUAUAUCAAUUACAUUUAAAGAUAGUUAAAGCACCGAAGCUGCAAGAUGGAGUACUGAGCUUUAACAGAGUGUGCUCUGAAAUUUUUUUGGGUCAGAUUCAAAUAUAAAAACCAAGACACGCAUGUAAACUUGUGGUUAUGUCACCUUAAUUAAAAUAAAAUCAACAAGUUGAGCUACGUUCUCCAUCUUGCUGCUAUGACGAUUUUCUGUCUUGUUCCAAAACAACGUCCAAGAACAUAUAUAAGAUAAUGCAUGCGGUUAUGGUGGUUAUACCAUUUUGUCCUGUCGUUUCUCCACGUAAGAUAAGAGCACACUUAAAAACUGAACAAGCAAA